AUGCCCAGGCCUAUUGCUACCAUUCCGACUUCGUUGCUCUUCAAGGCUAGGAAGAAACAUGCUCUGCCCAGGCUGGAAAUUAUGUUGAACCCACAGACUUUCCGAGCGUACUUAGAGAGAGGAGCGCAUUUUAGUUAUGAGUUAGAGAUAAUUUCAGAUGCAACACUCACCGUGACUGAACCAGUGUAUAACACGUUCAAGACCUUCCCCUUGACACUGUGUAUGAUUGGGGCGAUAAUCUCUCUCCCGAGCAACGAUGAGACACUGAGCGUUUUGGAAAAUAUCGUCCUCUGUCCUUCAGAACGGGUCUUCACCUGGCAAGCGUUCUGGAUCCUGAAUUUAUGUGACAUGGGAGCUACUACAGCCGUAGAUACAAUGAAGCACUUCUCCGCUGCGGACAAAGAGGUCCCCAAACGCUGGAGCGCUUCAGUUUCAGACAUCGCGGCGAUCCCGAUAUUCUACCUCGAGCAAGCUUCUAACGCCCUGGACAUAAUCAACGGGGAUAAAAAUGGAGUGCUUGUUGCGAAUAGUAUUUGCCAAAAAUCGUACUUGGACCUGGGUAGGGCACUGGGAGAUGCAGUUGGGGCGCUGGAUGGGCCUGAACAUGCUGAGGCCGUGGGCAUUACGGGACUUACAGUCAGUACAAUUUGCUCGAAGGCGAAAAUGGGACUUAGUGUGACGAGUUUUAUUAUUAAAUAUGUUUGA